AUGGCUCGAAGCUCUACGCCGCAGGGCAGCCUGCGACAGAGGGGCGCACCAUCAAAGAAGCCCUCCGAAGAAGACUCGUUCGAUCCUAAUAUCGAGCUUGACAAGCUUGCCAAGGCUGGUGCUCAGCGAGCCGCUGCCCAGAGCGAGACCGAGUACAAGAUUGGCCUCUUCCUCAUCACUAUCUUGUCCUUUGUUACUCGGUUCUGGGGCAUCAGCCAUCCGAACGAGGUUGUCUUUGACGAGGUGCACUUUGGAAAGUUCGCCUCAUACUACCUCGAGCGAACCUACUUCUUCGACGUUCACCCUCCCUUCGGCAAGCUUCUGUUCGCCUUUGUGGGCUGGCUCGUUGGCUACGAUGGUAACUUCCAUUUCGAGAACAUCGGCGACUCCUACAUUGCGAAUAAAGUUCCUUAUGUCGCGUACCGAGCUCUCCCCGCUACUCUAGGUGCUUUGACUGUCUCGGUCACAUAUCUCAUCAUGUGGGAAUCUGGCUACAGUCUCCCCGCUUGCAUCCUCGCCGCUGGUCUGGUCCUCCUCGACAAUGCCCACAUCGGCCAGACCCGGCUCAUCCUCCUAGAUGCGACUCUGGUCCUCGCCAUGGCCUGCAGUCUCCUUUUCUACAUCAAGUGGUACAAGCUCCGACAUGAGCCUUUCUCCCGAAAGUGGUGGAAGUGGCUCAUCCUCACCGGGUUCGCUCUGUCUUGCGAUAUCUCGGUCAAGUACGUUGGUGUAUUUGCCUUCGUUACCAUUGGCUCUGCCGUUGUCAUUGACCUCUGGGACCUCCUCAACAUUAACCGACCUGGUGGUGCAAUCAGCCUGCAGGAAUUUACCAAGCACUUUGCCGCUCGGGCUUUUGGUCUGAUCAUCAUGCCUUUCUUGUUCUACCUCUUCUGGUUCCAGGUUCACUUCGCCGUUCUCUACCGAUCCGGUCCUGGUGAUGAUUUCAUGACUCCUGAAUUCCAGGAGACCCUGAGCGACAACGUCAUGCUGGCCAAUUCGAUCGACAUUCAGUACUAUGACCAAAUCACAAUUCGACACAAGGAAACCAAGACAUACCUUCACAGUCAUGAGGAUCGUUACCCUCUUCGAUACGAUGAUGGCCGUGUUUCGUCCCAGGGCCAGCAGAUCACUGGUUACCCUUACAACGACACAAACAACUACUGGGAGAUCCUGCCCGCCAAUAACGAUAAGCAGAUGGGCCGCAUUGUCAAGAACCACGAACUGGUUCGCCUUCGCCACGUUGGAACCGACAAGAUUCUACUCUCCCACGAUGUCGCUUCUCCUUACUACCCCACCAACCAGGAAUUCACUGCUGUUACCCCCGAGGAGGCUUUCGGCAAGCGUGAGAAGGACACGCUUUUUGAGGUCCGAAUUGAGCACGGCAAGAAGAACCAGAACUUCAAGACUGUUGCUGGCCACUUCAAGCUCAUUCACAACCCAAGCAAGGUUGCCAUGUGGACUCACACCAAGCCUCUCCCUGAGUGGGGUUACAAGCAGCAGGAGAUCAACGGUAACAAGCAGAUUGCGCCCAGCUCCAACGUCUGGAUUGCCGAGGACAUUCCCUCUCUACCUGCUGAUCACCCUCGUCGCCAGAAGCCUGAGCGCAAGGUCAAGUCUCUGCCCUUCCUCCAGAAGUGGUUCGAGCUCCAGCGCGCCAUGUUCUACCACAACAGCAAGCUUACCAGCAGCCACCCUUAUGCUAGUCACCCUUACCAGUGGCCUUUCCUGCUCCGUGGCGUGAGCUUCUGGACCCAGAGCGAGACGCGCCAACAGAUCUACUUCUUGGGCAACCCGAUUGGCUGGUGGCUCGCUAGCAGUCUUCUCGCUGUUUACGCCGGUAUCCUUCUCGCUGAUCAGGUAUCUCUGCGCCGUGGUGUUGAUGCUCUCGACCGCCGAACUCGAUCGCGCCUGUAUAACUCUACCGGUUUCUUCUUCCUUGCUUGGGCUACUCAUUACUUCCCGUUCUUCCUCAUGGGACGUCAACUUUUCUUGCAUCACUACCUUCCAGCCCACCUUGCCUCUUGUCUUGUUGCUGGCGCUCUUCUGGAGUUCAUCUUCAACUCUGAAGCUCCUGAGGAGAUCACUAUCAAGGACAAGAAGGGACCUGUCAGCCCCAGGCACCAUGUCACUGCUCGUGAGCGCUUCGCCGGUCAGAGCAUGCUCGGUGCUUGGAUUGCCUGUGGUGCUAUUCUAUCUUUGAUUGUUGCUGGCUGGUACUUCUUCCUGCCUCUCACCUAUGGCUACCCUGGUCUCUCCGUCGAUGCCAUUCUCCGAAGGAAGUGGCUAGGAUACGACCUUCACUUUGCCAAAUAG